CACGCGCUCUCCUCCCGAGUCCUCCCCGAUCGCAACCUCUCUUCCCCCCUCCCCCACAGUUAGCCCGAUCCGAUCGCUUUCCACCGCAAGGUAAUGCUGCAAUCGAACCCUCGUUCCCAAAUUUCUUCGGAUCCCUGAUUUUUUUCCUGGAUUUUGUCGGUUCCAUUUUGGGCUGUGUUCGCUUCGCUUUGGGGGGAUUUUGGGGGGAAAUUUAACCUUGGAUUUCCCCCGGUCCUCUUCUUCGCGCGUUGAUCGCUGCGGCGUUUGCAGGUCCGAGGAAGAUGAGGGAGAUCCUGCACAUCCAGGGCGGGCAGUGCGGGAACCAGAUCGGCUCCCAGUUCUGGGAGGUGGUGUGCGACGAGCACGGCAUCGACCCGACGGGGCGCUACGUGGGGACGUCGGACCUGCAGUUGGAGCGCGCCAACGUCUACUACAACGAGGCGUCGUGCGGCCGCUACGUGCCGCGCGCCGUGCUCAUGGACCUGGAGCCCGGCACCAUGGACGCCGUCCGCACGGGGCCCUACGGCCAGAUCUUCCGCCCCGACAACUUCGUCUUCGGCCAGUCCGGCGCCGGCAACAACUGGGCCAAGGGCCACUACACCGAGGGCACGGAGCUCAUCGACUCCGUCCUCGACGUCGUCCGCAAGGAGGCCGAGAACUGCGAUUGCCUCCAAGGUUUCCAAGUCUGCCACUCGCUGGGCGGAGGCACGGGCUCCGGCAUGGGCACCCUGCUCAUCUCCAAGAUCAGGGAGGAGUUCCCGGACCGGAUGAUGCUGACCUUCUCCGUGUUCCCGUCCCCCAAAGUGUCGGACACGGUGGUCGAGCCCUACAACGCCACGCUCUCCGUCCACCAGCUCGUGGAGAACGCCGACGAGUGCAUGGUGCUGGACAACGAGGCGCUUUACGACAUCUGCUUCCGCACACUGAAGCUGACCACUCCUAGCUUUGGUGAUUUGAAUCAUCUGAUCAGUGCCACCAUGAGUGGUGUCACCUGCUGCCUCCGCUUCCCAGGGCAGCUGAACUCCGACCUCCGCAAGCUUGCUGUCAACCUGAUCCCCUUCCCGCGCCUGCACUUCUUCAUGGUGGGCUUCGCGCCACUCACCUCGCGUGGCUCCCAGCAGUACCGCUCCCUCACCGUCCCCGAGCUGACCCAGCAAAUAUGGGACUCCAAGAACAUGAUGUGCGCUGCAGACCCACGCCACGGCCGCUAUCUUACUGCCUCCGCCAUGUUCCGGGGCAAGAUGAGCACCAAGGAGGUGGACGAGCAGAUGAUAAAUGUGCAGAACAAGAGCUCGUCCUACUUCGUGGAAUGGAUCCCUAACAACGUCAAGUCAAGCGUGUGCGACAUCCCUCCGCGUGGCCUCUCCAUGUCCUCAACAUUUGUUGGCAACUCCACCUCGAUCCAGGAGAUGUUCCGGCGGGUGAGCGAGCAGUUCACAGCCAUGUUCAGGAGGAAGGCCUUCUUGCACUGGUACACUGGUGAGGGCAUGGACGAGAUGGAGUUUACCGAGGCGGAGUGCAACAUGAACGACCUUGCCCUUGUCUCCGAGUACCAGCAGUACCAGGAUGCGACCGUCGACGACAACGACCAGGGCGAGGAUGAGGAGGCUGCAGCGGAGUGAGGCCCGCCUGCUGCCAUCAACUGGCCGCCCGUUUAUCCUUGAUCUACUAGUACGCAGUUUCUCUUGCAUGAUGCUCCUAUCUUUGGUGCAUUGUUUGAACUCUAGGGAUUAUGUCGCGUGGCCCGCAGACAAGGCAAGAUAUCUUGUUGCCGUUUGCACUAUUCGAUUGGAACUCUAAUGCUUAAGUGAGAUGCUGGUUCUGAA